AUGACGCCGCCUACCGCCACGAACGAAGCAAGCCUGGCCCAGCUCAGCCUGGGCACCAGUGCGGGCGAGGACAAGAAGCGCAUGAUCCUGUACGCCUUUAUGAUGGGCUGUUCGGGCCACCAAUCCCCUGGUCUCUGGACGCAUGCAGCCGACCGCAGUCGCUACCACAACAAGCUUUCCUACUGGGUGGACCAUGCCAAGCUGCUCGAGUCGGGCCACUUUGACGGGCUCUUCCUCGCCGACGUGCUGGGUGGCUACGACGUCUAUGCCGGUAACCUCGAUGCGGCUCUCGCCUCGGGUGCUCAGUUUCCCGUGAUUGACCCGCUGCUGCUCAUCUCGGCCAUGGCGGCUGCCACCACCAAUCUGUCGUUCGGCAUCACGGCCACCACGUCGUACGUGCACCCCUACGAGCUCGCACGUCGAUUCUCGACGCUCGACCAUCUGACCAACGGUCGCGUGGGGUGGAACGUCGUCACGGGCUAUCUGGAUUCGGCGGCUAGACAGUUCGGUGCCAAGAAUCAGGAGCUGCAUGCGAAGCGCUACGAGGUGGCGGACGAGUACAUGGAUGUGGUGUACAAGCUGUGGGAGAGCAGUUGGGCCGACGACGCUGUUGUUCACGAUGCAGCCAAGGCCGUCUAUACGAGGCCCGAGCGCGUGAGGCAGAUCAACCACCGUGGCAAGUACUUCGAAUCGGUCCCUGGCCCGCAUAUCUGCGAGCCGUCGCCUCAGCGAUCGCCCGUGAUCUACCAAGCCGGCUCGUCGGGGCCCGGAAUGGCAUUUGCAGCCAAGCAUGCCGAGGUGAUCUUCAUUGCGGCGCACAAACCGGAAGUAGCCAAGAAGCGCGUCGAAGCCGCUCGAUCCGGUGCCGCCGCUGCUGGUCGCGACCCUGCCUCGCUCAAAGUCCUCGCCCUACUCUGUCCGAUUGUCGGUCGAACCGACGAAGAAGCCCAGCAGAAGUACGACGAGCACCUCCGCCACGGAUCCGAUGAAGGCGCCCUGGCCCUGUUUGGUGGAUGGACGGGGAUCGACCUCUCGACGUACAGCGACGACGAAGAGCUGCGUGCUACCGAGAGCAACGCCAUCAAGUCCGCCGUCGAGAACUUUGCCACCCAAGACCCCACCGUCCCCAAGUGGAACAAGGCCGCCGUGGCGCAAAAGAUCAAGCUCGGCGGUUUGGGUCCCACCAUCGUGGGAGGUCCAGAGUCGAUCGCAGACCAGCUCCAGCAGUGGGUCGACGACGCAGGUGUCGACGGCUUCAACCUCGCCUACACCCUCGCCCCCGGCACAUUCGAGGACUUUGUGCAACUCGUCGUCCCCGUGCUCAAGCAGAGAGGAGUCGUCUGGAACGACUACCCACAAGCUACACAGCCUCAGCCAGACAGCGUCACAGACGGCCCCAAACACGGAUUCGGUCUCAACGAACACGUCGGCCUCACCUCGCGCGAAAAACUCUACGGCAUCGGCCAGAAACACUUCCGCACCGACCACUACGCCUCCAAGUUCUCCUGGAAGGCAGGCCAAGACGCCCCCGCCCUCGACUGA